UGCCUCCCGUCUCUAUCUCAGAAUUUCUCUCCCAUGGAAAAGUGGACCUAGCCAGAAGCCAACAAGUAUUUGCUCCGUCGAUCGAAAUUUCUCUGCAUGGAUUUUCGAGAAAAGGGUGAGGUUCUUUUUCUUUUUAUUUAUUUUUAAAUAACAGAAGAGGAAAUGGUCGCUCUCAACCUGUCUAUAUAAAUCCCACAUCAUCAAGCCUCAAGGUGUUGUCUCACACGUUGCUUCGUUUGCAGCAGUGAUACUGCAGUCUGCAACGAAACCCAAAAAACCAUGAAGUUCGGAAAGGAAUUCGCGGCACAGAUGGUGCCCGAAUGGCAAGAAGCAUACAUGGAUUAUGGUAAGCUCAAAACCUUGUUGAAAGACAUCCUACACUUCAAGCAAAGAAACCGGCCACCGGCCACCCCAUCGGCCGGCCUAAAGCGAAAGCUCACACUUUACAGAGCUUUUAGCGGCCUUACACAAAGAUACAACCACCACCCCACAAGCCCAUCAUCCACUACUCGCGAUGAUGAUCAUGACAUUGAAAGCCAAGCCAUUCUCGUAAAUUCAGUGAGCCGGGAUGGCUCACAAAGCUAUCAGACUACGUUUCUCAUGUCCUCCGACGAAGGGGGAGAGUACGAGUUGGUUUACUUCAGGAGGCUCGACGAUGAAUUCAACAAAGUGGAGAAGUUUUACAGGUCUAAGGUGGAGGAGGUGAUGAAGGAAGCGGAUAUGUUGAAUAAGCAAAUGGAUGCUUUCAUUGCUUUUCGAAUAAAAGUGGAGAAUCCUCAAGGAUGGUUUGAUAAAUCAGUUGAGAUGACUCGUCUUGCUUCAGAUGUUGCAGCUUCUGCAGCUGCAUUAUCGGCUUCAACACCGAGAGGGGCCAGAACAAGUAGAAGAAUUGUCAUGUCGAUGGAUGUGAUUGAAGAGGUGGGAUCGAAUAGCCGUGGACAAUCAGAUGAUUCGAGUGAUCAGGAAAAAGAUGAGGAGACCAUUGAUGUACUUGUCAAUCAAAAGGUUCAAGAACAGAGGCCGAACAACAUCAGGGCCAGUAGACCAGCUCCUCUGGAAGUGCUUAAUCGUGUGAAAAUAAACAACACCCGGGAGACUCCUCGCUCCACCAUUAAGAGCAUCCUCCAUUAUCCUAUCCAGACGGAGCUGAAUUUCAGCAGGGAAAAUCUUAGGAAAGUUGAAGAACAACUUAAGCGGGCUAUUAUUGAAUUUUACCAGAAGCUCAGGCUUCUCAAAAGCUUCAGCUUCUUGAAUACACUGGCAUUUUCAAAGAUCAUGAAGAAAUAUGAUAAGAUUACUUCAAGGGAUGCAUCAAAAUCCUACAUGAAGAUGGUGGAUAACUCCUUCCUCGGAAGCUCUGAUGAGGUUACCAAGCUUAUGGAAAGGACUGAAGCUGCAUUCAUCAAGCAUUUCUCCAACUCUAACCGCACUAAAGGCAUGAACAUCUUAAGACCCAAGGCAAAGAGAGAAAGACAUAGGACUACAUUUUCCAUGGGUUUUUUUGCUGGCUGCACGACAGCUCUGAUAUUAGCUCUUAUUUUAAUUAUACGCGCUCGUAAUCUCAUGAAUAAUAAAGGGGCGACCGAAUAUAUGGAGAACAUGUUUCCCCUGUACAGUUUGUUUGGCUUCAUAGUUCUGCACAUGUUAAUGUAUGCUGCCAACAUAUACUUCUGGAGGCGGUACCGAGUCAACUAUUCCUUCAUAUUCGGCUUCAAGCAAGGAACCGAGUUGGGCUACCAACAAGUUCUCCUCCUCAGCUUUGGUCUUGCAGCACUAGCACUAGCUAGUGUUCUCUUAAACCUUGACAUGGAAAGGGACCCAAAAACGAAUGAUUACAAAGCAUUGACAGAACUUCUGCCUCUCAACUUGGUUCUGCUUGUAGUUAUCAUAUUAUUCUUUCCAUUCAACAUACUGUACCGUUCAAGUCGUUUCUUCUUCCUCACAUGUCUCUUUCACUGUAUCUGUGCUCCUUUGUACAAGGUCACGCUCCCAGAUUUCUUCUUGGCGGAUCAGUUUACUAGCCAAGUCCAAGCCUUGAGAAGUUUGGAGUUCUACGUAUGCUACUACGGUUGGGGAGACUACAAGCACAGACAAAACACUUGCAAAAAGAGUGACGUAUUCAACACUUUCUACUUCAUUGUUGCAGUGAUUCCCUACUUGUCUCGACUGCUUCAGUGCCUCCGCCGCUUAUUUGAAGAGAAAGAUGCUAUGCAAGGAUACAACGGGCUGAAAUAUUUUGUGACAAUUGUGGCUGUUAGCUUGAGAACAGCUUACAGUCUCGACAAGGGAUUGGGUUGGAGGAUGCUAGCAUGGAUUUUCUCAGCCAUUGCAGCAAUUGUCAGUACAUAUUGGGACCUUGUCUUGGACUGGGGACUCCUGCAACGGCAAUCUAAGAACCGAUGGCUGAGAGACAAGCUUCUGAUCCCUCACAAAAGUGUAUAUUUUGGAGCCAUGGUGUUGAAUGUCGUCCUCAGGUUUGCUUGGUUGCAAACUGUUUUGGGUUUCAAGGUGUCUUUCUUACAUAGAGAAUCUUUAAUCACCAUUGUAGCCUGCCUAGAAAUCAUUCGUCGUGGGAUUUGGAAUUUCUUCAGGUUGGAGAAUGAGCAUUUGAACAAUGUUGGCAAGUACCGUGCAUUCAAGUCUGUUCCCCUACCCUUCAACUAUGAUGACAAUGAAGACAAGGAUGAGUAGGAAUUAAGGACGGAACUAGCACGCUGAAAACAGAGAGAAAAUCAAAUUAUUUUUAUCUUUUCAGUUUUUAUUUUUUUUUUUUCAACAGUCCACUAUAUUCCUUGUGAAAGCAGUCGACCAGAGUCUCAAAUGAUGUAUUUUUGUUCGAUUAAAUUCAAUUUCAUCAUCAACGAAAUUUAAAUGCAAAA